AUGACAAACAAAGUUGCUAUCUUGCUGGUGCUUGUGGGGCUGAUGAGCUGUAAUUUUUGAUUGUUAUCUCUAGUUGCAAGUGCCUCUUUGAUAAAUGUGCAAUCAUUAGCUCAGAUCGACGUAGAGAGUUUUGGAUGUGACAAAUCGAAGCUGUAUGAUGCCGAAGAAGGCCUCCAGAAACUCGGCGAGGCCCUUAAUUUUGCCCAAACAGGAAGAUUGGAUCAAGACAUAAAGGAAUUGAGAGAAUUACAAAUGUUGGCAAGGAAAGGAAUGGAAGAACAAGUGCAGGUUUCAUUUGUUUAAGUUCACAACCUACAAUACCUUUAUAUGUUGAAGCAUAAAUUUGAUUCCUUGGCACUUAUCGAAAUGCCAAACUCAUUUGCUCGUCCUCAUAUUGACGGAAUGAAAUCUUAAAUUAACUUAGUUUUGGCAGCUACCGACACCCAAACCAGAAAAGCCUGCUGCGAAAUGUUGUUCAAAAUGAUUGAAGUUCUACUUCUAGACCUCCUCGAAUUGGAAGAAGAAUGCUAGAAGCCCAUCACAAUCAACAUCGAGGGAGAAAUCAGAAAAAUCCAAAUCAUCAGAGGACAAUGUGAUAGUACACCCACUCCAGAAUAACCACCAGUCAUCCCUGUUGAUCCAAAACCAAUCGAACCCUAACCUAAAACUCCUAUCAUUAUCAUCCCUCCAAAACCCAAGGAUCCAACUCCAAAACCUAAGGAUCCAACACCCAAACCCAAGGAUCCUACUCCUAAACCCAAGGAUCCAACACCCAAACCCAAGGACCCAUCACCUCAACCACCAAAGCCCAAGGAUCCAACUCCCAAGCCCAAGGACCCAACUCCCAAACCUAAGGAUCCAACUCCUUAACCACCUCCCAAGCCUAAGACUCCAAGUCCAACACCUUAAGUCGUUAUUGAUUGUGUCAAGGGGGCUAAUGUUGUAGGCGACAUGAGUGCAAGCUCAGAUUAAGCUAUUGCUGACUCAGUAAUUGAAGGCAAAGACCUUGCAGGAGCCACUGAUUAUGGUUAUGGUUUCUGGUUAAGAUGGUUGAGCAGAUAUCCAGAUGAAUUGGUCUCAGGAAGAACAAAAAACACCUAUUACUUCGUGUCCAGAUUGACAACCAAUCAAAAAUUCAAUGAUGCAGAAAUGGGAGAUAGAGUUCUGGCCAUCUGGCAUUAUGAUACUGCUUUCCAUUUCACUUCACUAGACAAAGCAUCUCGUAAUCCAAACGUAAAUCAAAACAUCCCAACAGGAGACAUCGAAGGAUUAUGGAGUUAUGUCUACUAUUCAUAUAGUGGAAGAUUAAAGAAGGCUGUUGGUUUAUUGAAAUUUGGAGCCAGUGGAAAAGUACAAUAAAUCACCUUAGAUGUCACUCACGAUAUUCCCACAUAUUUGAGAUUAAUUGUAGGAGGUAGAUAGUUUAGUUAUCCUGGAUUCAAUGGGUAAUUCACUAAUCCAGUCUUCAAGAUUGGUGAAGGAGCUUAUGUUAAUUCUGAAUUGGAAUUGUUCGAUUACAAUCUUAAAUGCAAUCCUUAUCCAAAAUUAGAUUGUACCGAAAGAGCUAAACAAACCUUAAUCCACAAGGCUGUUAGAUACAAUGUUAAGACUACAAAAGUACAAACAGUUAAAACUAGUCUUGAAACACCAUUCCCUGAAGAAUAUUCAGUUAGUGGUUGGUUUAAAUGGAAGUAAGUGGAGAAUUAAGAGCCAUGGCAUUUAAUGUUCAGAGUGUUUGCUACAAAAGAGAAUAACAAUGCCAAGAACUUGGGAGAUAGAGAUUUGGCAGCUUGGAUUGGUACUGCAAACGACGGUAUUGUGUUGUUGUCCACUUACUCAUAUAAUAACUUAUUUGGAGAAGGUAAUCCAAACAUUAUGAAUUAAAUUCAACACAAGAAUAGAAUUUAAGAAUGGACAUUUGUCUACUUUGGAUAUUCAUUUAAAUAGAAGACUGCUCAUUCCAUCGUUCACUUCAAGGAGGCAAGAGAAGAGAGAACAUUUGAAAAUAUCAACCAUUUCUUAGUUUAAAGACUCUCAAUCAAUUUGGCAAAAGAUGACCAUUAUCCUUCUUGGAACGGUAUCAUCGGCAAAUUCAGAAUUGACUUGUGUAAUGGUGCUUAUGAUCCUAAAUUCCCAAGAACUGCUACUCCAGUUCCAAGUCCAUCACCAUUGGGUCCAACUCCACCACCUUCAAAGACUGUUGAACCACCCCCCAAGACUCCAACCAUCAAACCACCUCCUAAACCCGUUAAGCCACCCACUCCAGAUGUUGUAGUAUCACCACCUCCUCCCAUCAUUAAAACACCAGAAGUUAUGCAAAAAUGUAUUGAAGGCCAAGCUGCAAUCGGAGAUUCAUCUUCAGCCCCUGAUGUUAAACCAGUUGCUGAUAUCCAAGUGCCUGAAGAAGCCUUGAAGGACGUUACAGAAUAUGGUUAUGGAUUCUGGAGCAGAUGGUUGACUAGACAUCCAGAAUAGUUAUUUGAAGGAAUGAGUGAACCAUGGUAUUUCGUAUCAAGAUUGACCUCAAAUGAUCCAUAUGACAAUAUUAGAAUGGGAGACAGAUUGUUGGCAAUCUUCUUAAGCAAAGAUGGAUACACAUUCAUCACAAAUGAUAGGGGAACUUCCAACCCAAAUCUCUAUAAGUAAUAACCAUACAAGGACAUCGAAGGAGUUUGGACAUACAUUCAUUUCAGUUUCAGUCCAUUGAAAAAGAAGGCUGUUGCUUUUGUUCAUGCCAACAAAGAAACCUCACAAAUUGAAUUGGCUGGAAUCACACAUGAAGCUCCAAAGAAAUUGAGAUUCAUUUUGGGAGGUAACGAUCUCAAACUCUAUCCUGGAUUCAACGGUUAAUUCACAAGACCAGUAUUGAAGAUCGGUCCAGGUUCAUUCAUUGGAUCUCCUGAAGAUGUUCAAAAGUAUGCCUUAUCAUGCAACCCAUUACCAGAACCAGAUUGCAAGAAAGGAAGAGGAGUCAGCAAUCUAAUUGAAUCAACAAAAGAAUUCAACAAAGGAAGUGAAGUCACAAUGUUUGUUGCUGAUAAUGAACGUCCAUUUCCAGAUAACUAUGCCGUUGGAGGUUGGUUCUUGUGGACACCAACAAACUAAGAAGAUUGGCAUUUAGCAUUCAGAGUUACAAUCAAUGGAUAAAAACACAAUAAGAAUGAUUAAUUGCUGGGAGACAGAGAUCUCACAACCUUUUUGAGCAAAACAGGUAGUUAUCACUUUGCUACCUAUACUUACACUGAUAACUUCGGUAAAGGAAAUCCCAACAAGUACAUCAAUACUGAACAUCAAAACAAACACACAGAAUGGCAUUACAUUUACAUGGCAUAUUCAAGAGAGUAAAAGAGAGUAUUGACUAUUCUCUUCACAAAAGGAGAUAGACAAGUCAAAUACAUCGAUGAAGUCAAUCAUUAUCUUGCUCCAUUGUACAAGAUCUUCUUAGGAAAGGAUCAAUUCUAUCCAGCUUAUAAUGGUUAUUUAGCUAAUGUUCAAUUCUUUGCUUGUGAAAGUGCAUACGAUCCCGAUUACAAACCACCUGGAUAACCAGAAGUACCCAAGUAACCUGAAGUUCCAGUUAAACCACCUGAGCCAUAAAAGGAACCAACAUGUUUGAAGGGUGACACAACCAUUGCUGACACUGCUUUUGAUUCAUAAAAACCAUUGGUAGAUUUUGUAUUGGACAAACCAGAAUAAUUGUAAGAUGUUAGAGAAUAUGGGUAUCAAUUCUGGAUGAGAUACAUGACUCGACACCCUGUCCCAAUGUAUCAAGGUAAGAGAGCUUCUUGGUACUUUGUUGCCAGAUUAUCAGGCAGAAAAGAUUUUGAAGAUGUUGGAAAAGGUGAUAGAUUGUUGGCAAUCUAUUAAGCUAGAUCAGAUUAUGCAUUUGUUACCAAUGAUCAUAAGAAUAACAAUUUCAAUACAGAUGCUGGUCGUUUUGAAUUUGGAGAUAUUGAAGCUGUUUGGACAUUCGUUCAUUUCUCUUAUACUUCUGCAGGUAAAGUAGCUUCAUGGAUCCAAUAUGACAAUAGUGAACCAAAGACUUUUUCAGUUGCAGCUACUCAUGAUAAACCUGAUUAUUUAGAAUUUGUUUUAGGUGGUACUCAAGGCAAUACUUACCCAGGAUUCAAUGGUCAAUUCACAUCAGUUGUUAUCAAAGUUGGAUAAGGUUCAUUCGUAGAAACAGCUGAAUAAUUCCGUAAGUUUGCUAUCAAUUGCAAUCCUAAACCACUCCCAGUUUGUAAUAAAGCUAAGGAAGUUGUUUUGAUUGAAAAAUCUAAGAGAUUCGAAGCUUAAAACAGUGAAGUCAAUGAAAUCACAUCUCCAGAAGAGUAAGCAUUCCCAGAUGAAUACUCCGUUAGUGGUUGGUUCAAAUGGAGAUCAACAGUCAUGGAACCAUGGCAUUUAGCUAUUCGUCUUCAUCAAAAUAAGGGUAUGGAGAAUGCCAACGCUGCCAAGUUGGGAGAUAGAACCAUAGGUGCAUUUGUUGGAAAUAAUGGAAACUAUGCAAUCACAACCUAUACCUAUACUAAUUUGAAUGGAGAAGGUGAUCCAAAUAAAUAUGUUUAAGUGCCCUACAAGGAUCAAUUAGCUUAAUGGCAUUUUGUAUUUAUUGGAUACAGCAGAGCUAAGAGAUAACUUGUUGGUUUCUUGUAAUGGAAGGACAGAAAGGAAAACAUUAACUUGGAAAACAUCAAUCAUUAUCUAACCAAUUCAGUCUAUGUCAAUGUAGGAAAGGAUAGAUUCUACCCAGCAUUCAAUGGUCACAUUGGUUCAUUGAAAUUGUAAUUAUGCAGUGGAGCAUUCACCCCAGUAUUCCCAGAAGAUCCUUAACCACCUUAGGUACCAUCUACUCCACCUCCUCCCAAGCCAGUUGACCCAACAAAGCCUGUAGAUCCUACUAAACCAGUUGACCCAACAAAACCAGAAGAUCCAGUUCAACCACCCAAACCUGCAGAACCUGAAAUUGUCAGAAAGUGUGUAAGUGGUUAAGUUCAAAUUGGAGAUAUGCCUUCUAGUGGUGAUAAAGUUGUUGAUCUCAAGGUCACUGAAGAUAAAUUGGGAAGUGCAAUUGAAUACGGAUAUGGAUUUUGGACCAGAUGGCUUACAAGAUGGCCAGAUACUCUUAUUAAGGGAGCCAGCGAACCAUGGUAUUUCAUCUCUAGAUUGACAAAUAAUGAUCCAUAUGACAACAUUAGAAUGGGAGACAGAUUAUUGGCUAUUUGGUUAGGUUAGGCUGGUUAUACAUUUAUUACCAACGAUGUUGCUUCAGGCAAUCCUAAUCUAAAUAAAUAAAUACCUUAUGGAGAUAUUGAAGGCGUUUGGACCUAUAUUCAUUUCAGUUAUAAAUCAGGAUAAGCUGUUGGUGUUGUUAGAGUUGGAGACAAGACUUAAUUCACAGUUCUUGAUGCCAAACAUGACUAACCUAAAUUCUUGAGAUUGAUAGUUGGUGGUUCUGAUCUCAAAUAAUAUCCAGGAUUUAAUGGUCAAAUCUCCUCACCAAUUCUUAAAUUAGGUGCUGGUUCAUUUGUAAAUACUGAAGAUGAUUUCAAUAAAUUCGUGUUAGCAUGCAAUCCAAGACCUGAACCAGAUUGCAAGGGUAAGACUGAAAGCAAAUUGAUUGAGGGUAUAAAGAAAUAUGAAUCUACCCAACCAGAUUUCUAUGAACAUGUUAGAGACGAAAAAUCUCUCUUCCCAACUAUGUAUGGUAUUGGAGGUUGGUAUAAAUGGGAACCAACAAAAUAAGAACCAUGGCAUUUGGCAUUUAGAAUUACAACAAAUGAUUAGAAGACUAAUAAGAAUGCCGAAGUCUUGGGAGAUAGAACACUCGCAGUUUGGUUAAGUGAUCAAUAAUUGUAUGCCUUUGCCACAUAUACUUAUACAAACAUGUUCGGAGCUGGAUAACCAAAUGCAGCCUAAGUGAUUAGACAUUAAGAUAAACAUACUGAAUGGCAUUAUAUUACCUUCUAAUAUAACAGAGAGACCAGAGAGGCUUAUGGAUCCACUAUAUUUAAGGAUGGUAAAUUAGAUGUGAAAUUCCCCAAUACAAAUCACUACUUGGUUCCAGUGUUAAGAAUUUUGAUCGGAAAAGAUCAAUUCUACCCUGCAUUCAAUGGAUAUAUUGCUGAUGUGACAUUUGUUAAUUGCCAAGAUCCAUACAAUCCACAAUUCACUCCAGGAAACCCACCUGAAUUACCAAAACCACCUGUUAUUCCAGUUGAACCACCUUAACCAUUACCUGAACCAAAAUGCUAGAUGGGUGAUGAGACUGUUGUAGAUUCUGCAUUCGAUGAUGUCAAACCAUUGGCUGAUAUUGAAGCAACUCCAGAGAAUUUGAAAGACAUCAGAGAAUACGGCUAUUCAUAUUGGGUUAGAUAUUUAAGCAGACAUCCAAAACCAAUGUAUUAGGGCAAGAGUGAACCAUGGUAUUUCAUGAGUAGAUUGACAGUCAAUAAGGAGUAUUAGAAUGUUGAGAAGGGAGACAGAUUAUUGGCCAUCUGGUAAGGUCAAGGAGCAUACACAUUUAUCACAAAUGAUUAUAAGACCAGUAAUUGGAAUUCAGCCAAGAACAUUGAAUAUGGAGACAUUGAAGGAGUUUGGACCUAUAUUCAUUUCAGUUACAGUAGUAUCACUAGUUAAUCAGUUGGUUUUGUUAAGUACACAGGCAAAGAACCCUAAUCAGUCACAUUUGAUGUUACUCAUGAUAAACCAACAUUCUUAAGACUCAUCAUUGGAGGAUCAGAUCUCAAAUUAUAUCCAACCAUCAAUGGUCAAUUAACAAGAGCUGUAUUUAAGAUUGGUGCUGGUGCUCAUCUUGACACUGUUGAUGAAUUGAAUAAGUUUGCUUUGGCUUGCAAUCCUCAACCAAAAGAAGUCUGCUCCAAGGCUGUUGAAUAAGUUCUCAUUCAAGAAUCCAAGAAGUUCGAAUUAGCCAAGGCUACAGUGUUGGAAAUCCCAUCUGAUCCUGAAGCUGCCUUCCCAUCUGAGUACAGUGUGUCUGGUUGGUUCAAGUGGAAAGAAACAACUAUGGAAUAAUGGCAUCUGGCCUUCCGUCUCCACAUCAAUAAGGAAGAAGCAAACAAGAAUGCUGAGAGAUUGGGAGAUAGAACAUUGGCUGCCUGGGUUUCACCAGCUCAAGAUGGUAUCUAUGCCUUUGCCACUUACACCUAUAAGAAUUUGAAUGGAGCUGGAGAACCAAAUCUGGCUAAGGUCAUUCCUCAAAAACAACAGUAAACAAAUUGGCAUUUCAUCUUCUAUGCUUACAACAGAGAUACCAGAAAGGCAGAAGGAUAUGUUCAAUUCAAGGACAGAAAGGAAACCAUACUCUUUGAAAAUGUCAACCAUUUCUUGGUCCCAUAGGUUUACUUGAACAUUGGUAAAGAUCGUUUCUAUCCAUCAUGGAAUGGCCAUAUUGGUAAAUUCAGAAUGAAUCUAUGCGGUGGAGCCUCCAGACCUGUUUUCCCCAAUGGUAUUCUAUUCUUUUUAUUAUCCCCUUAGAUAUUGAUGUUCCUCCUCCCGUGACCCCAACUCCAAAACCACCAGUCUCUGAAACUAAAGAGUAAUUUAAAUUUAAUAUAUUUUAGAAUCUGUCUUAUCAAUACUAAAUUGGUAGAGGUUACUAAGAACAACGUCAAAGAUGUUAUCAAAUAACUUGAAGCCCUUGAAAACUCAGAACCUACUGAAAAGACAUGCUAUUGUACUGUCCCCAAGAAGGCCUCCAUGUUUAUUGAGCUGUAUGGAGAAGAAUUAUCUAAUCAUGUCGACAACCCAGUCAUUUAAAGAUUAAUAGCUCAAAAUCAGGUGCGUUUGAGGAUAUGAUUUAUCAAAUUAUG